GCAGGCCUGCCGCCUCCCAUGCCCGCCGAGCACUUUGUCGAGUUGGGAGUUGAGGGCAUCAAUCAUCUCAUCGACAAGCACUGGGACCGCGGAUACCACGCCGUCCAUCGCACCCUACACCGCAAGGGCGUCAUCCACACCCCUCCGCUUCCGCCUGCACCCGCUGUCGCGCCCGACGAAAACACUGCGCCCAACCCCCCACCUCCCCGCUCGUCUGACGACUCGGCCUCCGACCGCUCAUCGCCUGCUGGUAAGCGCCGGCAACACAAAAACUCUCUCCCCACCCCGGAAACCGACCUUCCCGAUCCUCUCCUUCGCCAAACACAUACCAUCCCCAACACCAGAAUGUCGACUGCCAACGGCGGCCUCGCGCCGCAGUCCCAGCAGCAACGCGCCAACUCGGCCCAGCCGCCGAGAUCGCGGUACUACGACGAUGACGACGAAUACGGCAGUGAUUACGACGACCGCUACGCCCACGCCCGACGCUCCAACGGCCGGGGGAAUGAUCGCGGAUACGACGAUGGUUACGAGCAGGACAAUCGACCGUACGAACGCGAGGUCAUCGAGACGGAGAGGUACAAGGGUGUAAGUCAGGCUUUAGUCCCCGCCCGUGAUUUUGACCAGCGUCGCCAAAGCUUCCGCAGCAACGACCCUUACGGCCCCGGUGCUGUGGCGCAGUACAAUCGUCGCGGCCAAGAUGACGACUACUAUUCCUCCGGCGGGCGCCGCUCACGCUCGCGCGGUGCAUCUCGCGGCCGCCGCGACGAUUCGCGCGACCGCUCGUAUUCCCGCUCGCGCUCGCGCAGUCGGGGAGAACGCGGCUUCCAGAAGAAAGUGGGCGAGCACUUUGACACUUCGCUGCAGGGCAUCGGCGUGGGCAUAGCCGGUGCGGUGGUGGGCGGCAUGGCGGGCAGGCAUUUCGGAGACCGCAACCCUCGCCACAAGAAUCGCGAUAUCCUGCUCGGAACAAUCGUGGGUGCCGUUGCGGCCAAUGCGGCAGAGACGAAGUGGAGGCACUGGACGGCGGAGAAGAAGGAGAGGGCACAUGAAGAUGAGGAGAGGUAUGAGCAGAGAUAUGAUGGGGGAAGGAGUAGGAGCGCGAUGAGAUAGUCUCUCCUUCGCUGCUGCUCUCUCACUCAUGGGACAACGAGGACGGGAUGGAUCUGGAUGGGAUUGGAUUCGAUGAGAGACGACUUGCACUGCACGUGGCUUUUCCUCUUCUUCUUGGUGGUGGUGCUAUGGCGAACACGACUAACGAGCAGCCCUUUAACGAUGAGAUGGGGAGAGAUAGAAUUUAUGGGAUGGCUUGAUGAAUGACACGGGACACUCUUUAUGAUGAAUGCAGUUUUGACCAUUACCUUACUACUCUGCCCUCCUUCCUC